GUUUUUUGAUACCAAGUCUAAUAAAGCUUUCUAUUGAUCUGACUGGACGAAAAGGUCCCUCGAUUGGGAUUAGUAUGCUACUGCACAACCAGUUUCUGCGGGUGGAAGGAGAAGUAUACUUGUAAGGCUUGACGAUCUCCUGCUUGGAGAGGAGAAAUGGCUUCAUACAUGACCAUGCUAAAACAAAUUGAGUUGCGCGCUGCGAUUCGCUUAUCUCUUGCCGAGCGUGAACAGCUGCAUCAGGCUGAGCAAUCUGGACCCAUGAUUGUGACCAGGCUGAGCUCUAUUGAUAAGUAUUUGACUUGCCUUGUAUAUAUAUCUUAGGACUGGAAUACCUAGCUUGUAGUAGGCAUUCAACAUCAUGGCUCCACAAGUUAUCGCUGUUAUCGGCUCCCUGAUGGCCAACAUGAUGAUGGUGACAGACCGCAUACCUGACGGCGGAGAAACUAUCAUGGCAUUGGAAUACAUCGAACUUUUGGGUGGUAAAGGCUGCAACGCCGCGGUUGCUGCCUACCGUACAUCGCAUAAAAGGCCUACAGAGAUCGCUCUGCCAAAACUCAAACGCUCUGACAGUUUUCAAGAUGUCAGGACAUCAUCGAACGGCGACAUUGAAGUCAGAAUGAUUGGUGCUAUCGGAGAUGACCAUUUGGAGAAGAAAUUCAAGAAAGUCUUGCAGGAGGAUCACGUGGAUAUUUCAGGAUUGGUUACGGUACCAAACACGCGAUCGAGUGUCUGCUUCGUCUUGAUAGAAAAUGCCACACGCGAGAAUCGAAUCCUGGUGACUCCCAAUGCACUCAGUUACUGGAAACCACAUCACUUUCUGAGAGCUGAAGACUUGGGAAAUGGCAUACGACCCGAUCUCGUUGUCGCGCAAUUGGAAAUCUGCAAAGAGGCUGUUGAGCAGAUGAUUGAAACUGCCGGGAAGGCUGGCAUUGACUUCCUGCUAAACGCUGCCCCAGCUACUCCAAUCAACCCGCGGACCUACGAAAAUAUCACUCACCUUAUAGUCAAUGAGACGGAGGCAUCAAUUCUGUCAGGUCGAAGUUUGGAUGAGUUAUGCCAAGAGACCUGGCGACUUGUCACUCAGGAGUUUCUGGAUCGAGGCGUCAAGAACGUGGUAUUAACUCUAGGUGAAAAAGGUGCAUACUACGCUACCUCUGACGGCCAUGGCCACAUUCCAGGAUUCGAAGUCGAAGUGUUAGAUACUACUGGUGCUGGGGACACUUUCACAGGAACAUAUGCUUCAGAUUAUUUGCAGCAGAAAGCAGGCGGCUCUUGGGAUAUCAAGAGUGCCAUUCUACGAGCGAAUAAAGCCGCCGCUCUUGCAGUCAGCAAAUUUGGAGCGCAGGAAGGUAUUCCAUGGUUGGAUGAAAUUGAGGCUUUCGAAGCUAAGACUAGAUAUUGAAACAUGGACAAAUGAAUGUAGAAGACAAGGAACAUCUGAAGCAAUAGUGCCCACCCCAUCAUGUGAUAUAACAAUUUGUACAUACUUCUCCCAGCACCAAAGUAAAUAGAAUGCACACUGCUUUGCAAUGCGUAAUGCUUAGAAUGCUCAAUGCUGAAAGACCUCUGGUCCUUUC